CAACCAUUCUAAACCCUAAUUUGCUAUGUGACGUCCAACAUGUCGAAGCGGGGACGAGGAGGAUCGGCGGGGAACAAGUUUCGAAUGUCACUUGGUCUUCCGGUGGCGGCGACGGUCAAUUGCGCUGAUAACACUGGAGCGAAGAAUCUUUACAUUAUUUCAGUGAAAGGUAUCAAGGGGCGGUUGAACAGAUUGCCGUCAGCAUGUGUUGGAGACAUGGUGAUGGCUACAGUGAAGAAAGGUAAGCCUGAUCUUCGUAAGAAGGUGAUGCCUGCUGUUAUUGUCAGACAACGGAAACCAUGGCGGCGAAAGGAUGGUGUAUUCAUGUACUUUGAAGAUAAUGCUGGUGUGAUUGUGAACCCCAAAGGAGAAAUGAAAGGUUCUGCGAUUACUGGACCAAUCGGCAAGGAGUGUGCUGAUCUAUGGCCAAGAAUUGCAAGUGCAGCCAAUGCUAUUGUCUAAAUUAGUCGUGUAUGGUCUUUAUUUUGUGGGCAUCAUUUGAUAUGUGCAAAACUACAGUAGUGAAUUUUAGAUCCAGUUAGAUACUAUCUGCUUUGGUCUUUGUUUGAGCUUUUUUCCUUGAAAGAUUUUUCUAUGAAGAUCUUGAAAUUUGCAUGAUGU